CGCGUCUAACUAUUAUUUCGCCUUUCUAUUGAAGAAUACCAUGCGCUCACCAAAAUUUAUGGGCUUUCUCCAAUUGUUGGAAAACUUUUGAACAUUUAGAGUCCCUAACUAUAACACAAAAAAGAAAAAGAAAAAAAAAGGAGAAAUUGCUGAAGGAGGAAUCGAAAAUCAUCGAAGGAACAAUUAAUCGUAAAAAUGCACAAGUUGGGAUCUUGGCGCAAGGGUACUGUUCGGAGUUUCAUGGCUCACACUGGCGCAAGUGAGAAAUCUGCUAUUCAGCAUCUGAAGAACAAUGAUUGGGAUUUUCAAUUAGCAGUGGAAGAAUACAGCCAGGAACAUGCUACGGAGAAAAACCGAUGUGAGGUGCUUUUCAAUAAAUACAAAGACCCGAAUGUUGACAUGAUUAUGGCUGAUGGUAUUAACAAUCUCUGCAAUGAUCUUCAGGUUGAUCCUCAGGAUAUAGUUAUGUUGGUACUUUCAUGGAAAUUGAAAGCUGCGUCCAUUUGUGAAUUCUCCAAGCAGGAGUUUAUUGGUGGAGUACAGUCUCUUGAAAUAGAUUCAAUGGAGAAAUUCAAGAAUAAAAUCCCAUUUUUGCGAUCUCAGCUGAAAGAUGAAGAUACUUUCAGUGAAAUUUACAACUUUACUUUUGAUUGGGCAAAGGAGAAGGGUCAGAAAACUUUGGCCUUGGAAACAGCACUUGCAUUGUGGCAGUUGGUGUUUGCAGAAUUGCAGUGGCCAUUGAUUGAUCAAUGGUGUGAGUUUAUCCAGGAACGGCAUAACAACGCUAUCUCACGUGAUGUUUGGUUACAGCUGCUGAAAUUUGCAAAGACCGUGGACGCGACAUUAUCAAACUAUGAUGCUGAAGGAGCUUGGCCUUGUCUUCUUGAUGAAUUUGUUGAAUACUUGAUCAAAAAUGAUACUUGUGAUAAAAAGUCAGAUGAGUGAUGGGAGACAGAAAUACCCAUGCUGUGCUGCAGUCACUUUCUAUAAUAUGAGGCAAAUAAAGGACCACUUAGAAUUGUAGAUGAGUUUUGCGAGCUGUUAAUAUCAUUGAUGAAUGAGUAAACGAUUUAUUCAGGUCCCGAGAAGUUAAAACACGUGGUCAUUGUGGACUCGUACAAAUAUAUUGAGUAGACUGUUGAUGUUGCAUAUUUUGCACCAAACUGUAUCUGCAAUACUGACAUUCAUCAGCAAUGUUGCAUAUAGCACAAGUCUGAUCUGUUGUGAUCUCCAUUAGUGACAAAAUAAAGAGCCACCUAUGAUUAUCUGGA